UUGAGAAACAACCCUUAAUUGAAUUUGCUUGCGAUUUGUGCCCCCCAAAAAAAUGGAUUGUGAACAAGUGAAAACUACAUCCCCCGCCACGAGUGAGGAAAUAAACAAACCCAAAACCAAGUACAGCAUCGACCAGAUUCUUGGUGUUUGCCCCAAUAAAAAAGCACGUUUAGAAAAUGAUACCGACCAGAAAAAUAACAAUCUGAGUGAAAACGAGUUAUUGGACGAAGUGCAGGAUGAGUUGAACGAGUCAAGGCCUAGGAAAAUAAGAAGAUCCAGAACAACCUUCACCACCUACCAAUUGCACCAGCUGGAAAGAGCCUUCGAAAAGACUCAAUACCCCGAUGUCUUCACCAGAGAAGAAUUGGCUAUGAGGCUGGAUUUGAGUGAAGCUCGUGUUCAGGUCUGGUUCCAAAACAGAAGGGCCAAGUGGAGGAAGCGCGAGAAAGCACUUGGAAGAGAAACCGUUCCAUACAUACAACAGCCUGAGCAACCAGUUUUUCCUACGGAGUUCAGUUACCAAACACCCCUAAGACUACCGACCCUUGGCCAUGAAUUCUGGCCAAACUUCUCAUUCCCCCCGAUGUUCAACCCCACCUUGUCCAGCCUGCCCUGGGGAGUCAAGACUCCAUUACCCUUCCAUGCCUUGCUCUCGCAAUACAUGCAUCUUUCUAGCGGUAUGCCCCAUCUGGGGGUGAAUCCAAUACCCGACGAAAGAUCAAGAAGCGUGAGUCCUGAAACCAUCAGCAGCAGCACUUCGAGAGUGUCCCCGACGAACCUGGAGACCUACGUCAGCAGAUCUCAAGAAAACCUCAAAGUACAGGCGAAAUCAUAAGGGAACAACUGAUCUCUCUGGCUGUUGAGCUUUAACGCGCGCAUUUUCCGAGGCCUCUGUAUAUACUGAACAUAGUGCAAUAUUUAUUCGAAACUGUAUAUAUUGAUUCGUUUCAAUCGUUCAGUUGAUUCUGUAUCGACCCACGUUGUUCCUCGCUCGAUUAGCUUCUGAAUUAUUCAAGUAUAUUUUAUCCGAUAAAGUAUGACCAAAAAUUAUCUUUCAUUACCGUUGGUAAUGUGGAAAUUUUCGGGUUCGAAUAAAAAUAAAAGAAGUUAUAUCAGUCCGAAGUGAUUUUCAUCCGGGAGAUGACCAAUAUCCACGUAAAUGAAGACGACAAGAAUUUAUUACAGUUUUUUCUUAUUUUUUUUAUCAUAUUCGAUCUUCCUGAAAAAAUUUUGCGCUACAUUUAUAGAGUUUUGAAUGUUAAAUCUAUAAUUAGUGUUUAUUUCAAGAAGAUCCGUUAUAUAUUCCAACGAAUUGAGUUUUGUUUUUGUAAAUUCUUGUAAAUAGAUAUUUAUUACGAUAGUUCUAUGAAAUCGAAAUGAAAAUAGAGUGUGAAAUUGUAUUGUAUGCUAAUAAUAAGCGUAGAUAUUAUUUAAAAAGAUAUAUGUACUAGUUGACAUUUCAUUUUGUACAAAUGAAUCACAGACAAUUAUUGAAAUAAAAGCUUUUCAAUCAAGAA